ACCAACCCAUCUGCCCGAGCCUAGCUUCGAACCGUGCUCCCUAUAUACCUUCAGCCCUAGGAACCGGUUAUCCGAAACCCGAGCACUCCAUAGUCCGAUCCCAUCGUUGGGCAAGUCGAUACGUACCGAAAUCUCCCGCACCGCAUUAGCAACGAGCCUUACCCUCUUCCUCAGUCAAAAUGGUUCUCACGCACACUACCAACCAUACCUAUAGCCAUCCUUUCCCGACCGUCACGCUCGCCUUCUUCCUCCGGUACUGCUCCCCGCAGCUCAAUCCCUUCUCCCAGCAUGUCAUGAGCACCGACACCCUCUCUUCGCAUGUCGACCCGGCCACCGGCCGUCUACACACGACUCGCAUCCACCUCAAGAAGUCGCGCAUGCCACCUGCUAUCAUGAAGAUGCUCCCCACCAGCAUUACCGGUGGUGCCACGACCGAGAAGGCGUCCUAUAUCCUGGAGACCAGCGUUGUGGACAUGAAGGAGGGCUGGAUGUCGACCGAGAGCCGGAACCUGAACUUUGCUGGCGUUCUGUCGGUGGUGGAGAAGCAGAUCUAUACGAUCCCGAAGAACACUAAUGAUUAUGGAAAUACGACCGAUGUUGCCACGACGGUGGUAUUUCGAUCUCGCUUUGGAGAACGGAUUCGCGAUAAGCUGGGUCACUUGCACGCGCACGAAGUCGAACAAGAGAAAGGCGGCUUCUUUUCCCGGCUUGGUGCCCAUGGUAUCCAACGGAGCAUUGAGAGUCUGGCGUCAAAGAAGACCCAGGACCAACUUGGCAAGAGCCGAGAGGGCAUGAAGCUGAUCCUCGAGCGCCUUCGCCAGUCGGGCAUAAUGGGCGUCCUGGAGCUCAGGAAGAUGGCAAGGGAACGCAACAUGGAGAGAGCUUGAACGGAUUGCUGGGCUUGAGCGAUGAUGACCGUCUAGCCGUCCGUGCUCUGGGGUCUUUUCAAAGUUUAUGCUUACUUGCCCUUGCCGCGCGGCCUUUGUCCGUUGAGCGUCUGCGAGACGUACUCGGCCCUGUUGUCCGCUAUAUCUGGCGCUCGAACUUCG